CUGGCCGCUGGGCCUACGGAACUGGCAGGCAGGCGUGCCCAAGCCACCCAGGGCCUAACGUCAGGUCCCCAACCAGGGACAUAGGCACUGGCCUGGCGGCAAGGCUUUUUCUUACCCCCCUUGGAACUACAGCCGGAUCCUACCGGAAUCAGAGCCUUCACUGGGAACAGAGGCCAGUGAGUAGCCGGGCCCGGGCCUCCCGUCGGGGCCGGACUGGGACGAGGCCCCGGGGAGGCCCCUAGACCACCUUCCUCACCUUCCCCCGAGCCGACGUCUCCUCCGGGAAGAUGCAACGCGCCUUACCCGGUGCCCGCCAGCAUCUGGGGGCCAUCCUGGCCAGCGCCAGCGUGGUGGUGAAGGCACUGUGCGCCGUGGUACUGUUUCUCUAUCUGCUUUCCUUCGCCGUGGACACGGGCUGCCUGGCGGUCACCCCGGGCUACCUUUUCCCACCCAACUUCUGGAUCUGGACCCUAGCUACCCAUGGGCUCAUGGAACAGCACGUGUGGGACGUGGCCAUCAGCCUGGCCACAGUGGUGGUGGCCGGGCGAUUACUGGAGCCCCUCUGGGGAGCCUUGGAGCUGCUCAUCUUCUUUUCGGUGGUGAACGUAUCAGUGGGGCUUCUGGGGGCCUUCGCCUACCUCCUCACCUACAUGGCUUCCUUCAACUUGGUCUACCUGUUCACUAUUCGUAUCCACGGCGCCCUGGGCUUCCUGGGUGGUGUUCUGGUAGCCCUCAAGCAAACUAUGGGAGACUGUGUGGUUCUGCGAGUGCCCCAGGUCCGCGUCAGCGUAGUCCCCAUGCUAUUGCUGGCGUUGCUGCUACUGCUUCGGUUGGCCACGCUGCUCCAGAGCCCGGCACUGGCUUCCUACGGCUUUGGCCUGCUAUCCAGUUGGGUGUAUCUUCGCUUCUAUCAGCGCCAUAGCCGGGGACGAGGGGACAUGGCUGAUCAUUUCGCCUUUGCCACCUUCUUCCCGGAGAUUCUGCAGCCAGUAGUGGGGCUGCUAGCGAACUUGGUGCAUGGCCUCCUGGUGAAAGUGAGGAUAUGCCAGAAGACCGUGAAGCGCUAUGAUGUGGGAGCGCCCUCUUCCAUCACCAUCAGCCUCCCGGGCACAGACCCUCAAGAUGCGGAGAGGAGAAGGCAACUGGCCCUAAAGGCUCUCAAUGAGCGGCUGAAGAGAGUGGAGGACCAGUCAGUGUGGCCCAGCAUGGAUGACGAUGAAGAGGAGGCUGGGGCGAAAAAGGACAGUCCUCUGCCCUCAGAAAAGGAUUCCACACCGCCAGGGAAGGGGACUGCCCCAGAAUCCAGUCUCAUCACCUUUGAGGCAGCUCCCCCAAAACUGUAACUCCAGACCACUUCGAGUGCAGCUCCUCUGCUCCCACGCCCUCCCUGACACGGCUCGGCUACUCCAGGGCACUGACUGCUCUGAGGAGAAGGAUGAGGGCCUACUGGGCAUUUCUUUGGCCUUCUGCUAUUUCUCGCCAACACUACAUGGAACCCUUGCUACCCGGUUCCGACUCCAGACAACCACAAUGCCAGGUGUGGGGCC